UCAAACAUCGUCGGUCAACUAAAAAUGCCAAAACAUCAAAAACAGUGCGAUCUUCCUAUUAUUUCAAAUUAAUGAUUGUUUGUGGUUUUAAACAAAGGUUCCUCAGAAUUAAACGUAAAUAAUUGUGAUUGUGACCUAUUGGUAAUAUUUCAAUAAAUUAGCUUUCGACAUGUUCACACUGUGGGCUCUUAUCGAAGCUUCUUUGCUAUGUUUAAACGCGGUGUGUAUUUUACAUGAACAACGAUUUCUAUCCAAAUUCGGAUGGGGUGCUACCAACUCUCAGAUCCAUGGUUUUGGUGAAUCACCAACGGUAAAGGCUCAAGUUUUGAAUCUGGUUCGAUCCAUUCGAACGGUGGCUAAAAUACCUCUGAUAUUUCUCAACAUUGUAGCGAUACUAUUUAAACUCGUGUUAGGAUAAUGUAUACAGAUUAAGAUUGUAAUAUUGAUUUGAGUUAAAUCUAUAAAAUCAAUUUGUAAAUUAUAAAAAAUAAAGCUAA